AUGCCGCCCAAGCAGGCUACUCUUGGCCGGUUCUUCGGGAAACAAAACGGCAACGCAGCAAAGCAGCAAUCGAAGCUAUCUUUUUCAACAAAGCCGAAGGUCGAGAAGAAAGAUGCGGAGCUAACAGAGGAGCCCAAGUCAUCACCCGACGAAGUGAAGAAGGAGCAAAAUGGCGAGAUUGAGUCCGAGACGGAUAUCAAGGACGAGUUAAAUGGAGAUGCGAUGGAGGUGGAAAGCCCUGCCUCUGAGGCUGGGAAGAAGAGACCAGUCAAGGAAGAGGAUGAAGAUUCAGAGGAUGAGCCUCCGACAAAGCGGCAACGAAGGAAACCAGUCGAGGAGACUGCAAAGACCAAGAUAUCCAAGGCCGCGCCGAAGAAGGCCGAUAAAGCACCAGCAAAGUUAAAGAAGCCGGCUGCAAAAGCUAAAGUUGUAGAUCCAGAAGACGAGGAGAAGGCAACGAACCCAGCCCCCGCUGCCAAAGGCAAGGGAGUCAAAAAGUCGCCCGCCUUAGAGGACGAUGCCGAUGCAGGAGCAAAGGAGGAUGAGGAUGAAGUUCUAAGCUCUGAAGAAGAGCCUGAAGAGGUCAAGACGAAGGCUCGAAAGAAGAUUCAGACUACAUUGACGUCUACGACGAAAGACCUAUAUCCCGAUUGGAAACCUGGCGAGCCAGUACCAUAUGCCGCGCUCUGCACCACCUUUUCGAAGAUUGAGAUGACUACAAAACGACUCGAGAUCCUUGCACAUUGUUCACUCUUUCUACGACAAGUACUGCGCCUGACACCAUCAGAUUUGCUACCGACUGUCAUGCUCAUGGUCAACAAGCUCGCUGCCGAUUAUGCCGGGAUUGAACUCGGUAUUGGCGAAUCGUUGAUCAUGAAGGCGGUCUCGGAGAGUACCGGACGAAGUUUGCAGCACAUCAAGAGCGACCAGAACGAGGUUGGUGAUUUGGGCCUUGUGGCUGCGAAAAGUCGAUCAAAGCAGCCGACCAUGUUCAAACCCAAGGCUUUGACCAUCGAGGGCGUGCGGAAAGGCUUGAUGGGAAUUGCCAUUGUCGAAGGACAGGGUGCACAAGGACGAAAGGUCGAUGGUAUCAAGAAGCUACUUUCAGCAGCAGAUGCGCAUAAUGUUGGAAAGCAUGUUGAUAUUGAAAAAGACAAGGGUGGUCCAAGUGAAGCCAAGUUCAUUGUGCGAACAUUGGAGGGCAAGCUCCGACUAGGACUUGCAGAGAGGACGGUCGUGGUCGCAGUAGCUCAGGCUAUGAUCUUCCACGAGAUGUCGCAAGGCGGCAAAACACCAUCAACAACAGAUCUUGCCCAAGCCGAAUCGAUGCUGAAGACCGUCUACAGCGAGCUUCCAAGCUAUGAAGUCAUCAUUCCGGCCAUGCUUGAACAUGGCGUCAUGAACCUACGAGAGAACUGUCGACUGCAGCCCGGUGUGCCGCUCAAACCUAUGCUUGCCAAGCCGACAAAGUCCAUUACAGAAGUACUUGAUCGCUUCGAAGGCAAGGACUUCACUUGCGAAUACAAGUACGACGGAGAGCGAGCCCAGAUACAUUUUGUUGCGCAUGACGCCGACAUGGAGUUGGCAACGGCGGCGCCUUCUGCUGGUAAGAGUGAUCGCGGUGUCUCGAAUAUCUUCUCGAGGAACUCGGAAGACUUGUCGAAGAAGUACCCUGAUAUCCUUGCUAAGCUGCCUACAUGGGUCAAGGAGGGCACCAAGAGCUUCGUGCUAGACUGUGAGACUGUUGCUUGGGACAUGGUGGAGAAGAAAGUCUUGCCGUUUCAGCAGCUCAUGACGCGGAAGAGAAAGGAUGUCAAGGUCGAGGAUGUCAAGGUCAAAGUCUGCGUUUUUGCCUUCGACAUCCUCUAUCUCAAUGGCGAGGCACUCGUCAACAAACCCUUCCGUGAGCGUCGUGAACACCUCAACGAAGCCUUCAUCUCAGUCGAGGGCGAAUUUGCUUUGGCGAAAUAUGGCAACACCAACGAACUGGAAGAAAUCCAAAUCCUUCUCGAAGACUCUAUAAAAGAAGGCUGUGAAGGCCUCAUGGUAAAAAUGCUGGACGGUCCAGAGUCCUCCUAUGAACCCUCAAAACGCUCCCAAAACUGGCUCAAAGUAAAAAAGGACUACCUCUCCGGCAUUGGCGACUCCCUCGACCUUGUCGUCCUCGGCGCCUACUACGGUAAAGGUAAGCGCACGAACUGGUACGGCGCCUUCCUCCUCGCCUGCUACAAUCCCAAUACGCAGAACUACGAAUCAGUUUGCAACAUUGGCACCGGCUUCUCCGAAGCUAUCCUCGAAACACUACACACCCAACUCUCCGCCAUCGUCAUCGACCGCCCGAAACCGUUUUACACACAUUCCUCUGGCAACAAGGACCAGCCUGAUGUGUGGUUUGAGCCGAGAUAUGUGUGGGAGGUCAAGACUGCAGACCUCACUCUCUCGCCGCGUUACAGAGCUGCUGCUGAUGAGGUCUCUGGCGGCGGUAAGGGGGUCUCAUUGAGGUUUCCAAGAUUUAUCAAGGAGAGAGACGAUAAGAAGACGGAGGAGGCGAGCACGAGUAGGAUGAUCGCGGAGAUGUAUUCGAGGCAGGAGAGCGUUAGUAAGACGAAGGGGCCGAGUGUUGAUGACGACUUUGAGUAUUAA